UUCGCUCAGAAUGCCGUUUUCAUCUCCUCGCAAGUUAUUUGCCCCUCCUGCGUCUAGAACCAUUCGCGCAUCAUGUAAAUCCCGCAAUACGGUUUCAAGGAGAUGCAAUUCGUCGCAAGCCAAGCAGUCCAAUUCAACUCUGGAGAAGAACACGCUCAGCUGGCAGGAGUACCUUGAAAUUCGAGGACGCAAGCGCAGAUGGGAGAUUGCUGCUACGCUUCCGAGCAUUUUUCUCGGAUUAGGCGCAGGCGCAGCUUAUUUCGGAGGACAAGAAAUCGACGCGUCAAAGCCUAUUUUUGGCUUUGACCCAUUGUACGUGUACGGAUUUGCCACUUUGUCGUGCGGAGGCAUUGGUUAUCUGUUUGGUCCCAUCAUUGGCUCCACAGUCUGGCGUCUGACACAUCGGCGAUCUCUAGCGCUCAUAGAAGCGCGCGACCGUCAAUUUCAUCAGCACAUUGUGAAGAACCGGGUUGACCCAACCGCGCAGAGUGCUACAAAUCCCGUACCCGACUUUUAUGGAGAAAAAAUUGGCUCCCUCCGCCAGUAUCGUCAAUGGUUGCGUGAUCAAGCUCGUUACAAGCGGAAGGCUAAGUGGCUCGAGGAGGAAAGUCUUUGAACUGUUGCUGUUCCUUUACUCCUUUUUGCAUUAUUAUAUCACCACUUGCAACAAUAUUUACGUGCUUCAUUGUGGAAAACGAAUGAAAUCGCCACUCAAACAGUCACACUCAUAACAUGUUUAUCCAUGUUUCAAUUUCAGAAGUUAUACGCAGCACUCAACACAACUAUAAUAGCGAAAGGAUAUGCCGAUCACGCUUUAGUCUGUGCCGCUACGUACAAUGCUCGGUCUCACAAACCAAAUAUUCACAACGAUACACUCCGUCUUCUCAAUUUCAACCGUACUCAAAACAGAGUACUCGAUAUACAAACGC